GGCAAAGAUCACCCCAAAGUCGCAAGUUCGCGAGAGUGACUGCGGAAUUUGGGAGGAACUCUUCUGUUCGGUAGUUCUGUUGAGAUUUCUGGGAGCCGGCACUUGACAUCCUCGGAGGGCCCGGCGACUCCAGAUUGGCGUGUUCGUCUGAGGUCCCUUGAACUUUCUCUCCGGUGCUCUCUGAACUCAAAGGUUCUCUGCAGUUUAAAAAGUAUCCCUGUGUGAACACAGCUCUGAAGAUACGACUCUUGAACCUUUGUGAAACUAGUGUUCCAGCUGAACUGUCUAUUCAUCUUCAAGCCAUCAUGAACCAUAAAAAGCGCAGAUCACAGAAGAUCGCAUUUGAUGAAGAGAAGAAUAUGAAAAUUGACGACUAUUUUCCUCAGGUUAAUAAAGAAAAAGAGAAUAAUUCCAAUAUUCCUCGAAUGAAGAGGGGCUCUCAAAGAGGUCCAAAAGAUAUAACUAACACCCAGGCUCAAGGGCCCAAAGACCAGACUGUGCCCCCCAACAAAACAAUUUACAUUACCUUGGGUGUAAACUCCAGGAAACACAAACUCACACAUAGUGUAAAGGAGAGCUUAUAUGCAGCACUUAACACUCUCAAGGCUGUCAAGAAGGAGAUAGAAACUCAGCAGGGCAAAGAAAUGAUGGUGAUUGGCAGAGAAGGAAUUGAAGGGUACAUAAAUCUUGGAAUGCCCCUCAGCUGUUUCCCCGAGAGCUGCCGUGUGCAAAUCACAUUUGUCCAAAAGAGAAGUAGGCAGAAAGAAGAGAACCAGGUAUUUGGCCGACACGAAAAGGUGUCUGGUGAAUGUGUCAAAUUUUAUAUUCACCCACUUGGAAAGAGAAAGAAAAGGAUCGUCAAACGCUGGAAGCUUCACAGAGAAGGGCGUAAACUCUGCGUCUAUGGUUUCAAAGGAGAAACCAUCAAGGACGCCCUGUGCAAGGAUGGCCGGUUUUGCUCCUUUCUGGAGAAAGAGGAUUGGAGGCUCAUUGAAAACCUGGACUCCAUUCUAGAAAGCACGCAGACAGUGGACGACCUGGAAGGCAAGCUCUUUGAGGUUGAGGUUGAGGUUCAGAAGAGAAAGAGCUCCGGGGCAGCAGCCGCUCAGAGCUCGGGGUCGGGGGAAGGAAACACCAAUGUGCUGAGAGAAGAAAUUGUGGAUCAGUACCCCAGUUUGAAAAGAGAAAGCGAAAAAAUCAGAGAAAACUUCAAGAAAGAAAUGAGAAAGAAAAAGAGCAAAACUUCGUUUUUUAAAUUGCUUGAAGUAAAGUUUGGGAAGAUGACAAGAAACUCCACCCCGGUCAGAGUGCACAACUUUCUCUCUCUCGUCGGUGCCUCCGUGGGGUACCUCUCAUGGGACAGCAAUGGAAAUUUGGGUUGUGCCACCUGCUAUGUUUUCAAAGACUUGUUCAUUUUCACCUGCCGGCAUGUAGUGAGUGACUUCAUGGGAAAAGGAAUAGAGCCAAAUAAGUGGGCGGACAUGAUUGGUCGAUGCGCAAGGGUGACAUUUAGUUAUAACAGUCCCAACAAGAAAGAAGAGAACUGCUUUUUCCUUGAACCAUGGUUUGAGAUAUCUGAUGUAAUUCUUGAUUAUGCCGUUCUGAAACUGAAGGCAAAUGGACAGCAGGUACCUUUAGGACUCUAUAGCAGAAUUGCUCCCGCACCAUCUACCGGGUUGAUCUAUAUCAUUGGCCAUCCGAAUGGAGAGGAAAAGUCUAGUGAUGCUUGUAGUGUGAUCUCUCAGGGUCAGCGAAAAGAGAAAUAUAAUGAACGGCUUCAGGCUGAAGAGGGAGAGGGUUGCAAUUAUGGGAUGGAAUACAUCCAUAUGUAUACUCAAAGAACCUUCGAGGAAAUAGCUCACAGCCCUGAUGUGAUCACCUAUGACACCUCUUUUUACUUUGGGGCUUCUGGCUCCCCGGUGCUUGAUUCAGAAGGUUCGUUGGUGGCCAUGCAUACUGCUGGCUUCACUUGUAAUAACGAAAUUGGGUUAUCGUCUCACCUCAUUGAGUUUGGCUCUACCCUGGAAUCCAUCCUCCUUGAUAUUAAGGAAAAACAUGGACAGUGGUAUGCAGAAGUAUGUGUGGGUCUGCAAGAUGUAGAAAUGGUGAGUGAUGAGGAUUGAAGGUGGUGAGAAUUCAGUUUAUUUACUCGCUUUAAGGGAAUUGUUAUGUAUGGGGUGGUUAUUCUGUAAGCAACGGCAGUCAUUUUCUAAAUUCCCAAAUGGUUCAUUUGAUUUUAAAAAUUAGUUUUAGAACACUUCCUAUGUGCCACUCUUAUAAGCACAUGAAGACUUUAGUACUCACAAGUGGCUAUUAUGCCUAUUUUAAAGUUGAACAACGUGAAUAAUGAUGAGAUUAUGCCACUAACACUAGUGUGCUGUGGGGCAUUCCCCCCCCUCAUUUCUUUGUCUUCCCAUAAGUUCAGUAGCUUGAAGGCAGGACCUAACGUGUGUUCAUCUCAUUAUCCCCAGCAUCUGGAAGAGGCAAAUAAAUGCUUAGAAAAUGUGUGGGUCCAUCAGAAGCACAAGUUAGGGCUACAGUUAAGCUUAAUUGAGGAACUAAAUGCUUGGUUGGAAGUAAUCUCAAACAAAAUUUUUAGAAUUUCCAAACUCCUCAUAUUACUAAAACUCAGGGUAUAUGUGUUGUGAAAUUCACAGGGUAAUAUCCACUCUUUUUAUAUUUAUAGGCUAUUAGGUCAGAGAGACUGUCUUAAAGAUCAUAUUACUUUAUUCAUAUGUCCCUAGUUUUUGCCUAAUAACCUUUUUUGUUUUAGAAUCACAUGCACGUUAUAUUUAGCUGUUGUGUCUCCUAAGGCUCCUUCCUCGUGGCUGUUGCAGGUGCUCAGGCUUUGACCAGUGACCUUUGACAGUUAGGAAAUGUACUCGUCAGGCAUUUUGUGGGGUGUUCUUCCGUUGGAAUCUGUCCGAUAAUUAGACUGGGGUUGUGAGGUUUAGAGGGCAAAGCCAGAGGGGUGAAGUGCCUUUUCACUCUGUUAUGUCAAGGGUACACAUUAUCCACCUGACUUAUGAUUGGGUGUUGGCUUUGAUACCCUGGCCAAAGUAGUGUUGAUAGGUUUCUCUGCCAUAAAUUUCCUCUUUCCCCCUCCUUUCUAUAAUGCACUUUUUGGAAGGAACUUUUAUUAACAGCCCACGCCUAAGGAGUGGGGAGUCCUUCCUUUUCCUUAUGUGGGGAACUCCUGGAGUAUCUAAAUAAUUUAUCCUGCAUGGGAUACUUGCUUCUUCUCUCCUAUUUAUUUACGCCAGUGUGGGCUCAAAGAUCUCUGUUGAGUUAUAAUCCAGAUUACUUUAUUGUGUUCCUCAGAUUUUUCCAACUUUGGUCACUGGGAGCACUUUGAUUUGGCUCUUUUGCCCCCAUUGACAUAUUCCCAGGACUGUGUUGUGUUUGUUUCCUGUUUUCUCUAAGCACUUUCUUAUGUUGUGGUCCUUCAAUAUGUUCUAGGCUCCUUUUGUAUAUCACCUGCCCCGUCCCAUAUUCAGCCAUUUCUCCAAAGAGCCCUUGGUUACUUUUAAUGGAGAAGAAUGUUAGAAACCAAGAUCUGGGCACUAGGUAUGAUUUUGCUAGUGGGGUGUUAUAUCUCUUAUACCCGCCCAGCAGACAAAGCAAAGAAUUAUGUAUGUGUAUAUUAAGUCUGGUACAGUCAGCCUCCCUAGCUUAUUCUUGGUUUCACUUUCUGGGGUUUCAGUUACCUGGGGUCAAAUGCAGUCUAGAAGCAGAUGAUCUUCCUUCUGACUUAUUGCCAGAAGGUCAGUGGUAGCCUAACGGUGCAUCACAAUGCCGAUGUCAUCCACCUCCCUUCAUCUCAUCACACGGGCAUUUUACCAUCUCAUAUCAUCAAAAGAAGGAGGAGUACAGUACAAUAAGGUAUUUUGAAGGAUAGAUGACAUUUACAUAGAUUUGAUUACAGUACAUUGUUAUAAUUGUUCUGUUUUAUUAUUAGUUAUUGUUGUCAGUCUCUUAUUGUGCCUAAUUUAUAAAUUAAACUUUAUCAUAGGUAUGUGUGUAUAGGAAAAAACAUAGUAUAUAUAGAGUUUAGUGCCAUCGCCUAGGGGUUU